CGCUGCCGGUGCAGCCAGCGGGCGCCCGCGCUAUGUCAUGCAAGUGUCGGCCAAGGACGGGCAGCUGCUCUCCACCGUGGUGCGGACGCUGGCCACGCACAGCAGCCCCUUCAACGACAGGCCCAUGUGCCGGAUCUGCCACGAGGGCAGCAGCCAGGAGGACCUGCUCUCUCCAUGCGAAUGUACGGGGACCCUGGGGACRAUUCACCGCAGCUGCCUGGAGCACUGGCUGUCCUCCUCCAACACCAGCUACUGUGAGCUCUGCCACUUCAGGUUUGCAGUUGAGCGCAAACCCAGGCCCUUGCUGGAGUGGCUGAGGAACCCGGGCCCGCAGCACGAGAAGCGCACGCUCUUUGGAGACAUGGUGUGCUUCCUGUUCAUAACGCCGCUCGCCACCAUCUCGGGCUGGCUCUGCCUGCGGGGCGCCGUGGACCACCUGCACUUUAGCAGUAGGCUGGAAGCCGUCGGCCUCAUUGCACUCACUGUCGCACUCUUCACUAUUUACCUCUUUUGGACCCUAGUGUCGUUCCGCUACCACUGCCGGCUCUACAGCGAGUGGCGCCGCAGCAACCAGCGCGUGGUCCUGCUGGUGCCCAGGGCGGGCGGCGGCGCCGCCGCGACGCAGGCGCCGCGGGGCCCGCGGCCGCUCAAGAGGAACUCCAAGGAGACCAUCGUGUGAGCGG